CAGUUAUCUCCCGAAGAAGAUGGAAGGAAAAAGGAAAAAAAUGCUUCGAGUUCAUUUCAUCAAUGAUUUCAUCAUUACUCUGACGCAGAAGUAAAUUAGAUUAAAAUGUCAUUCGUGUCAGAUGUUUAAGCUAUAGAAUAUCGGAAUCUGCAGAAGUUGAUUGUCUGUCGGCUGUAGAGUUUGUUCGCCACGUCUUGCACGAGUCUUCUAAUUUAACAAGAUAUAAAAAAUGAUUGCGAUGACCAAUCCCAUUCUUGCCAUUGUAAUUAUAGCCUUAAUCAAUGUUACUGCCUCGGCAGUAAUAAAGUUUGAUUCUAAUGCUAAGACAUUAGACAUAGAAAUAAUUGUAAGACCAAGGCUCAUUUGUGAGGACAAUGAAGAAAGUUUAAAUCUAUCAGACAAUAAAUUAACGAAAAUAAAAACAGGAUUUAUUAACAGUUCGGCAAUACGAUCAAUUUCAUUAAACAAUAAUAAAAUUCAGGAAAUACCAAAUGGGGUGUUCGAUCAUGUUCCAAAUUUGAAGUGCUUGGAUCUGUCGAAUAAUAAAAUAAAAACAUCAGAACUGGUGAAUUUAAAACAUGAUGGUUUAAAAACCCUGAUAUUUGAUAAUCAAAAACCCGCGAAAUCAAAUAAUUUGAUGAACGAUGUAUUAUUUAAUACGUCACAGGUAAGUUUGCCAAAUGUGCAAACUUUAUCUUUGAAAGGGAUUCGUUACGAUAUAUUUGGGCUCUAUUCAAAUUUAUUUCCAUCGCUGUCUACAAUUUUUUUUACUGAUAAUAAUCUGCAGUACAUAAAUCCCGAUUUGGAAGAAUGUUGCAGUCAUCACUUGAGAAGUAUUCAUUUCGAACAAAACGAUUUAAGAAAUGUAACUUUAAAUGAUUUGGAAAACGUGGAAGAGCUGUACUUCGACAAUAAUCCAAUAGAGUUCCUCGAGAUUAAAACUCACCACAAUUUGAAACUUCUUUCUUUGGCGAAUUGUAAUCUGGGAGCAGAAUGGUAUUUAUCUUUAUUUAAUAUAGAGACUUUAGAUUUGUCAGGAAAUCGAAUGAAUGAAUCUAUUAUCACUGAAAAGUUUUCGGAGGUUUUAAAUUUAGAAAAUUUGUCCUUAAGUCGUAACAAUUUUACAACUAUUCCACAUUUGGACAACUUGCCUCGACUACAAAAAUUAUCGCUCAGUUACAAUAUGAUCGAAACGAUCAGUGACGUGAUACAGGCAGGCUCUUUAAAAACGUUAGACUUGAGAGGAAAUCGUAUAAUCGAUAUCUAUCCGGGUGCUUUCUGGGGUGUUCCGAUGCUCGAAGAAUUAGAUUUGUCGCACAACCAAUUGUAUAUUUUGGAUUAUCGUUGGGGUGAAAAUCUGAAUAUGCUUCGUUCUUUAAAUUUAAAAUCAAACCUGUUCGAAACUAUGUCCCAUAUGGGUAUUCGCUCGUUCAGCAAUGUUACGGAUGUAUAUGUAGGAAACAACUAUUUUCAAAUGAUACACAAUUAUGACAUUCUAGAUUUACCCAAUGAAUGUACCAUAUACGUGAUUUAAAAAGAAAAUUGUUAAAAAACAAAAUGUA